CAUUGAAUUGGCGAAGACGGGAAAUGGUGAGGUGGUUGGUAACAUGUGCAACAGAAAUAGGGUGAGGCUCCAAAAGACUGGUGAGAGCACUGUCUUGUCAGCUGUGGGGAAGAUGAACCACAAAACAGGUGAAUGAAAUGCUGAAGUUGCAUCCCAUUGUGUGGCAGACAAGAUCUCAGGAAGGGGUUCUCAUUGCUUGUUUUCUUGGUUUCAUUUUAUAAGCCCCUUUGUAAAUCCAGGCUUAGAGUGUAAUGCUUAUUUAUUACAUGGCUAUGGCAUUGUGCAGGCCUCUCGUCUGCACUGGAAAGCAAAUCAAACACUAAUGUAACCCAAGCCUUUCUAUGAUAUUGCUCAGAGUACUUCCCUAAUAAAAAUCUUUAUGUUCAAACAUAUCAAUUCAAUAAAAAAUGUAUCUGAAAAGCCUGUUGGGAGAGGGUAGAGGUUAGGAUUUUUUAUUUUACUUCUUUUAAAGUUGUGCUUAGUAUUAAAUAUCAUGGUGUUCUAUGAAAUGAGACAUUUGGCAUGCUUUAAUAUUCUUUUGUGCAUGCGCUGUACUGUGACAUGCACGUUAAGAAAAGAAGUUAAAAUUGCCUUUUAAGCAUUUGGUGUGAGGGCUGCUUUUGAGUGAUUUGAUAAAAACAAAUGAGCCAGAACUUGUUAUCCAAAUUGUCUUAGAUAACAAGUAAAACAGCUCAGUUGUCUCACUGGGAUAUAAAAGCUUAUCUUGCAGACUUUUUUGUUAUCUGCAUUUCAGUCAUUGCUACAGAGUGUACAUAGUUAGCUGUCGCGGUGCCUGCUUGCUUGAGGUACCUUCUCAAGCCUGCCUGGCUAGCUCUGGCACCACAGCGGCUUUUGGCAUGGUCAGCAAGGCAUGCAAGCUGGACCAACCCGGUGAGUCCUUGUCCGGAGCAGCGCCAGAGGACACAGGUGGAAUGAGGCGACGAAGGCAAGGAAGGAAGAGAGGACUCUGAGGAGCUGUAACAAGAGUUUAUUGGUGUCUCUUGCCAGACCUCCUCAGCUCUCGACACCUGCUCUGGCAGGCCCUUGAUUGCCGGCUAACAGCAGCUUUUACAGGGGGGUGGAGAAAGGGGAAGGGGCAAGGGAUCAGCCAACCAGGGGUGAUUUGAGAGUGGCUCCAGGGAUAACAGGCAUCCUCGGGAACCAACCCAGUAGAGGAAGGAGGGACCUCCUCUGGUCCUGACCUAUCACUCGACGCCUUCCUUAGAACUUUCUAGCUCACGGGAGAGGCUCCGAAAUGACAGGCAGGCUCCUGAGGAGGGGGAGUAGGGGAUUGACAGGUAACCGAAGGAGGGGGAAUUCCAGGGUACAACCAAGUGGAAGUGGGAAUAGGGGUACAAAGAACAAACCAUUUAACAUAGUAAACUCACAUGAAAUAAAUGAACAAAACCACACCACAAGUUAGCCUUUAUUUUAAUGUCCUUUUGCAGACAUGUUAUCUGUUUUAACUUUUCUUGCUGAAGCUGUACUCCCUCUUCAGUGUACUGGCAACCUCUUAGAACUUUGAAUAUAAUCUUUUGCUGAACAUCUAUAUCUGCUAGCUUUUGUCAGUUGUGCUUAAUCCUUUCUUUCUCUCCCCAGGUGUUUAUGCAUUGGAUAGUAUAAUGCAAAACUGGUUUACACUUUUCACUCCAACAGAAGCCACUAGUAUUGUUGCUACAACAGUGAUGUCCAACAGCACCAUUGUCCGUCUGAAUCUGGAUUGUCAUCAGCAGGAGAAGCUGGCCACCAGUGCUAGAAGACUUGCUCUACAGUGUGCCAUGAAGGACCCUCAAAACUGUGCCCUCUCCGCACUGACUCUGUGUGAAAAGGAUCACAUAGCUUUUGAGACUGCUUACCAAAUUGUUCUAGAUGCGGCUACAACCAGCAUGAGCUACUCACAGCUUUUUACUAUAGCACGAUACAUGGAGCACCGUGGUUACCCUAUGCGGGCCUAUAAGCUGGCCACUUUGGCCAUAAUGCAUCUCAGCCUGAGUUACAAUCAGGACACACACCCUGCCAUUAACGAUGUUCUCUGGGCAUGUGUUCUCAGCCACUCUCUUGGGAAAAAUGAGCUAGCAGCUGUAAUACCUCUGGUGGUCAAAAGUGUCAAGUGUGCAACAGUACUGUCAGAUAUUUUGCGCAGGUGUACUUUGACCACUCCAGGCAUGGUGGGACUCCAUGGAAGGAGGAAUUCCGGUAAGCUCAUGUCACUGGACAAAGCCCCUUUAAGACAACUCUUGGAUGCCACGAUCGGAGCUUACAUUAAUACAACUCAUUCACGUCUCACUCACAUCAGCCCACGACACUAUAGUGAGUUUAUAGAGUUCCUCAGCAAGGCCCGAGAGACCUUCUUAAUGGCUCAUGAUGGACUCAUACAGUUUACACAGUUUAUUGAUAAUCUAAAACAAAUCUACAAAGGGAAAAAGAAACUGAUGAUGUUGGUUCGUGAGCGGUUCGGUUGAUGAAAAUGAGUGAAGGGAGGAGGUGAUUUGUUUUUACUUGAGCCUGCCUUUGUAUCCUUUUGAACUUAAAGAAACAAAGCCACACUGGUAUUAUGUGUGUAUAGAUAUACUGAGUUUGAAAACUAAGCUGUCAUGUUGUGAAAGUGUGUGUGUUUAAUUUUUUUUCCUUUUUUUCUGUUUUGUGUGAGAGAGGGUAAAAAAAGGUUUGGUUUACACUGAGUAUAUGUUGUCAAGUGGCAAAAGCCCACAUCACUCUCCUGUUCUUUUUGUAUAUGUUCACAGCCUCAAAAACAAAACAUACUGCAAUGGCUUAAAAAAGCAAACAAAACACCUCCAUCCUGUGAUAAGUACCUCAAAUGGAUUCAACUUUACUCCUUUGUAACUCCUCAUUAUAUUUCAACAUAUUUGAACAAAUCAACAAAUGAAAUACUAGUAGUUAAAAGGCUGACCAUGUGGCUUUGCAGUGCUGUUCAUCCAGAAGCAUGGCACACAAUGCUUGUGCAUGUGGAAACUUAGCAACUGUCAACAUACAUUUCUCAGGGAUUUAUCAAAAUAAUUUUUUUAAGUAUGAGAGCAUUUAUUGUACUGUAUAUAUAUUAUAGUAUAUGUCUGAAUAUUGAAAAAAUCUAACAUUAAUUUAUAAAAAAAUCAACUCUAUGUAAUACAAAAUACUUGAAGCUGCAGUAGCUUGGUUUCAAAGAAAAACUAUCUGAAGGACUAAAGUGCGCCUUGCUUCAGGGUUGGCUCAGGUGGUGAACUAUAUGCUGGGCAUUUAUUCAGAGCCAUCUUUUGGAUUGCGUGGUUGGAAUGAUACCUACUGGGGAAGUUUUUAAUAUGUAUGUAUGUGUAUAUAUAUAUAUGUAUGUAUGUAUGCAUGUAUAUAUAUGUAUACACACAUAAACACAUGCUUGUAACAGGCACUAUAGUACAGAGGGACAACAAAAAAAAUACACAGCCAGAGCAGCAAGCCUUAGCAUUAAGAAUACAGUAUGCCAGAAUUGGGGUUUGUGCCUCCUAGCCUAGGAAAUGUAAAGAAAUAUCAUUUUUGACACAAAAUGCAAAAUGAUUGGCGUGAUACAUUACGUCUUUGCAGCGAGCUAAUAAUAAGCUAACCUUUGUGCACAAAUAUAUAUGUAUUAUAUAUAUUCUGCAUAGGUAUUUUGACUUUGUGCAGGACAGAAAGUUGUGUAGGUAUGACUGUUCUACUUUUCUGUUCAUUUUUCUAAUAUAUUUUAUUUUCUCUAGAAUUACUCAAGCAAAAACAACCUUCUAUCUUGCCUUGUCUUAAUGCUUUAAAUUAACCAAACUGGAGAUCUAACUACCAAACCAUUCAUUAUAUUAUUAAACACCAACUUUGAUUGCAGUAUCGUGUCUUUGCUUUAGCUGAUUGUUCUGUAUCCUUGUGCUUUUUAAAACAGUUUUUGUUCUGGUGCAAAAGUUGUCCAGUGUCUCUUGUUCCCUUCAUUAGAGAACAUGCUAGAGGUAGGUGCGUAGGUAUUUUUGUUUAGAAAAACUAUUUCAUGCUCUCCAUUUUAUUUAUUAUAAUAGGUAAAAAGGUUGUACUUCAUUAACCAUAUAAACAUGCUCAUGAAGUUGAAAUUAAGAUUUGAUACAAUGAUAUCAAUUUAUUUAUGUAACUAGAUCACUGUUUUAUAAACUUGUUACUGAUAACAAUUUUUUUUUGUUUUAAUUAAAAUUAGUUUUUUGAAAGUUGA